CGGAGUUUGUACUUGUUGCCCUUCCUCCGCCGGAGAGUUGAGGGCGCGUCUGGGUAGUAAAAUAGGCGUGGUCAGUAUAGCACAUGAGUAGAUUUCCUGUCCUGCCAAUAACAGCCGUUUACUCUCCGGGACUUCGCAGUUUCUCGCCUGAAUCAGUUUCCUCCAGCCUGCGAUUGUGUGUGUUUUAGGUCUGUAUCAGAGGAGCUCGAGCUCAUGGAAUUUUUAAAACAAGAAAGAAGCUAAAAAGUCUUGCUUUGGAAGAGCAGCUCUGGGUUCUUUCUCCUAAGUUGGUGGAAACUUCUCUCACCAGUCUGCGGCAAGGCUGCUCUUUGUAUAGUCACAGCUUGAUAAAAGAUGCACUAUUACCGGUAUUCUUCUGCUCAAGUCAGCUGUUGGUACAAAUACCUGCUGUUUAGCUACAACAUAAUCUUCUGGUUAGCUGGAGUUGCCUUACUUGCAGUUGGGCUUUGGGCCUGGAGUGAAAAGGGUGUGUUGUCUGACUUAUCCAAGAUGACCCGUCUCAAUGGCUUUGACCCUGUUGUCCUUGUCUUGUUUGUUGGAGGGGUGAUGUUCAUUCUGGGAUUUGCUGGCUGUGUGGGAGCCCUGCGUGAGAACAUCUGCCUUCUGAAAUUUUUCUGCGGCACAAUUGUAUUGAUUUUUGUCAUGGAGCUGGCGGGAGCUGUGCUGGCUUUCUUGUUCCAAGAUUGGGUAAGGGACAAAGUGGAGACAUUCUUCAAAAACAACAUUGAAUCUUACCGAGAAGACAUUGAUCUGCAGAACGUCAUAGAUUCCUUGCAGAAAAUGAACCAAUGCUGUGGUGCCCAGAAUCCAGAUGAUUGGGACAGUAACUUAUACUUCAACUGCAGUACAACAAGUAAAAGCCGUGAAAAGUGUGGAGUCCCUUUUUCCUGCUGCAUCCCAGAUCCUGCUCAAAAGGUUUUGAACACACAGUGUGGCUAUGACAUCAGAAGUAUGGAAAAAACCCAUUGGGGUGAACGGAUCUUCACUAGGGGCUGCAUCCCAGCAUUAGAAGCCUGGUUGCCUCGAAACAUUUACAUUUUGGCAGGAGUCUUUGUAGUAAUUUCAUUAUUGCAGAUAUUUGGAAUUUACCUGGCCAGGACACUGAUUUCUGAUAUUGAAGCUGUGAAAGCAGGCCUCCAUUUCUGAAGAUAAAAGUAGCGAUCUCUCUUUGUGAAGUUGCCUUGAUGGCAAAGAGAGGAAACCCGAGUGCUAUAGAAGGCUUGAUACGUCUAGAACUUAAAGCCAUAAUAUUUCUCUUUAAAUGUAUAGUUGGAUGCUAUCCUGCUUAGCCAGAAGCUGGAGCUGAGCAAUUCUGCUCCUUUUUCUUCACCUCAUGAAUAUUUGUACAACUCUAAUCAAAUCUAUUGAAGGGAAGAAUAUUUAUCUUCAGCCUCUCUACACAGAUGAGAAGACGUGAGCAAGAAGCAGUGGACACUGCUAAAAGUUCUUUCUUUGAAGCUAUUGCUGUCAUAAGGAUACUGUCUUGGUUCUCCUUUACAGUAUUGAGAACUUAGAAUUGUUACAUUCCAAGUGUUCACUGAUACCUAGAAGAAGGUCCCAUGUUGCCAAAUGAUCCUAAGGAAGAGAGGGAUUGCAGAGAAAUGUUUAUCGGAUGCCUCUAAGAAUACUGAAAACUUGUUCAGGGAAUGGGUGUGUGUGUGUGUGUGUGUGUGUGUGUGUGUGUGUGUGUGUGUUUUGAUGAAUUCAAGUGUACAGUCUGUGAGUGUCUAAACAGAGAGCCAUGUUUGUACAGAUUUGGAGACUUUUAAAGGUGCCUAAAAUCUUAAGAGGAAACUCAACUGUACAGAAGUAAAGAGUUCUUCAUGUUUGGGCCAGAUGUAAUGUAUUCAUUUUAGAUGCUAGAUAUCUGACAAGAACACUGGAGAUAUUUCAAAAAGGACCCACAUUGUACUGAAAAUCUUUACAUAACAAAGAAGUAAAAGUGAAGUAGUCGUA